CAGGACCACGGCGCGGGCAGCCCGGGAGGAUGAGAGUAGGGGCGGGGCCAACCCGGAAGGCCACGCCUUCCUCUCUCCGCCCUCUGCUGCUCUACCGGAGAGGAACCACACAGUGGGAGCCUGUCCCUUUAAAUGUCCCGGUAGGAGGCUGGGCAGGCGAAGGCUUCCGGGAAUGCGCACUGUGGCCCACGGGAGGACCGCUUUCUCUCGGAAGCGAGGCACUGUUAAGAAUGGAAGAGGACGUGGAUAGUGGAGUCAGGUUUAGUUCCUUAUGUUUUGUUAAUGAUCAUGUUGGAUUUCUGGGCACUGUAAAAGCCUCCCCAAGUGACUUCAUUGUUACCGAGAUUGAUGAGCAGGGGCAAUUAGUCAGUAAGGCCAUUGACGAAUCUGUUCAUGAAAUUAGUAAAAUACAAUCUGAGCCAAGUCAUUUUGUCAAAAAGCCAAAGCUAAAUAGUCAAGAAGUUUUCUUAGAACAUGAAGGUGACGAAGACGCUGCUAACUUGCCUGGGUACGCCGAUGGUGACCAGAGUCGUCAGUCCGGCUCGGAUGAAGAAGACAGUGUCAACGGUGUGACCUCUAAAUGCGGAAAAGAAAAUGUUGACUUAUUAAGUUCACUUUUAGAUGAAAAAACUCAUAAGUUGCUGGAGCAGUUUGCCUGUGAUGUCAAAGGGACGUGGAAGUCACAAACCGAGUCAAUUGAAGCAUCUCUGGAAUUCUCACUAGGUAGGAUCCUUGAGAAAAGCCAAAGAGCUGUCUUACACAGUGCAGUCAGGCAGACAUUUCCUUUUUUAAUAACUGUAGGAAAAAACAGUGAAAUCCUUGUAAAGCCAAACCUUGAGUAUAAAGAACUCUGCCAUUUGGUAUCUGAAGAAGAAGCACUUGGUUUUUUCAAAUAUUUGGAUGCAAAGAGAGAAAAUUCCACGUUUACCUUUGAACCGGAUACAGACAAAGGUCACCGGAAAGCUGUGCACCAUUUUCUCAACAAGAAGUUUGGAAACCUCGUGGAAACCAAGUCGUUCCCUGAGCAGAAUCGCAGCACUGAGAAGCCAAACACAGCCAUCACCGUGAGGUUCCGGGCGAAAGCACGCACACAUGGGAAGAGAUCUCGUCAUGACGGCGAGAGAAGAAAAGCUGUAUAUACAGCUUUCACCCUACAAAAGGAAAAUCUGGAGAUGUUUGAAGCAAUUGGAUUUUUAGCCGUCAAACUUGGUGUGAUUCCUUCGGAUUUCAGUUACGCGGGCCUUAAAGACAAGAAAGCAAUCACCUAUCAAUCUAUGGUCGUAAGAAAAGUGACGCCAGAGAGACAGGCCAGGGCACCGGGCUCUCCUUGGAUCCUAAGAGGUGUCCAAAACCACACUGUGCCUCCUCAGAAGGAGAGGAGGAAGAACACAAGACCCGACCAAGCUGCUGACAUUUGUGAACCUCCCAAAGAGGAGCGGUGCCUACCAGCUGAUUUGUCCUACAUUUCAGAGGACGCGAAAGGCACGCUGUCACUGAUGCCUGAGUUCCGAGUUCGAGAGCGGGCUCUGCUGGAGUCGUUGCAUCGCUUCGGUGUGACGGAGGAAGGCUGUAUCCAGGCCUGGUUCUCUUUUCCCCAUUCCAUGCGCAUAUUCUACAUCCACGCAUACAGCAGCAAGAUUUGGAACGAGGCAGCGUCUUACAGACUUGCAGCCUAUGGAUCCAGAGUGGUGGAGGGGGACCUGAUCUGCUUGGAUGACCGUGUUGACGAGCAUGUCCCAAGCAGUAAAGUUCAUCUGGUGACCAAAGAAGAGGAAUCUGCAAACACAUACACAAUACACCAGGUGGUUCUGCCAGUACUUGGAUACAAUGUUCAGUACCCAGAGAACAAAGUAGGGCAGUGGUUCCGUGGAGUCCUUAGCAGGGACGGACUGCAGGCCUGUAGGUUUAGAGUGCCCGCCCUCAAGCUGAAUGUACCAGGAUGCUACAGGCACAUCUUGAAACAUCCCCACAAUGUGUCGUACCAACUCCUCCAUCCUGACUCUGAUGCUAACGUGGAAGGGUCUCACACCGAUGAUGUAACCUCAUCCCUGUCCAUUUCCUUUGAUCUUGAUGCUUCCUGUUAUGCUACUGUUUGCCUGCGGGAAAUGAUGAAAGGUGAUAUUUAAACCAGCGCCCGUGAUGGAGUCGUGUGCCUGGUCCCUCAGCUGUUGUCAAUGAACACAGGACUUUAGUGGAGAGGUUUAAACUGAGACACUGAUACUUUAACUCACCAGAUUCCAGCCUCUCAGGGUACUGUGAAAACUGAAGGCCACAGCAGUCAAGAAGCCCAAGGCAGAGGUCCUGGAACUGAGGCUACCCUUUCUUCAGAGGAAUCAGAGGCCUAAGGCAGUGAUUCUCAACCUGUGGGUCACGACCCCUUUGGUAACCAUCUAUCUAAAAGAUAUCUACAUUACGGUCAUAACCGUAAAUUACAAAAUUCAAAAAAAGUUAUAAAGUAGCAAUGAAAAUAAUUUUACGGUUGGGGGUACCCAACACGAGGAACUGUAUUAAAGGGUCGCAGCCUUAGGUGGAGAACCAACCACUAGUUUAAAGCUAUGUGACUAGUUUUUCCACUUGCUUCAGGGAUCUCUGCUCCAGUCACGAAAGUUCCAGACUUGAGAACACUGCUCUGGGCACUGGCCGCUGGGGAUCACACUUAGGAGCCACGUGGAUAGAGAGCGCCCUCUCCUCUGCUUUGAAAGGGAAAGCCAGGUAACAGCAAAACCACGGUGACAGGACAAGUGAAGAUCAUCCUUUCUGGUUUGUCAUGCAAGGGACUAUUAUUUGUUCUUAAAGUGACUUACACAUGACAUCAUCUUGGAGGAAGGCAAAGUUUUCAUUCAACUUUUUCAUACAAGUUUUUACCCGAUCCCCUAACCCUUUGUUCUGUUUUCUAUGACCCAAAGCUCAGAUUGUAGGCUGAGAUCUCCUCACAUCCCGUCUCUCACACAUUGGAUUUGCUAUUGAUUCUUUUUGGAAAUAAAGACAUUAUCAGUUUCCUAAAUUACCAUGGAAUUAUUUUAAAUCAUUCUUACCAGCGUCACAUCAUUUAAAUUCAAUAGAAAGGGGUGACAUAUUUAUUUGGAAACCUCCAAUAGCAUUUCACUGGUGGUUUCAAAAGCCUUAUGGGCUAUUACAGACCAGCAAUGAGGUGUUUUUUUUAUGUCUAUGCUUGCCUGCCUAUUGAGGGA